UCUACAUAAUAGUAGUAAUAAUAAUAGAGGUCUCUACUUAUUAUUAUUAUUUACAUAGUAACUUACGGAGUAGAAGGGCUUGUGGCCGUUCCUCAGGCAAAGCCACUGCUCGCCCAAUCACAUCCAUGGAUCACUGGCAAUCAGCCCGUCUGGCUCCCUUGCCCUGUCCGAGUUCGUCUCUCCUCUCCUACAACAACCAACCCCCCAACCAACCCUGACUCCACCCCGUCCACCGCCCACUUCUCCCUCGCUGCCUCCCUCUUCCUCCCAUCGCAAUUUUCUUCCGCUCUCUUUCCCUCCUAUCGUCGACGUCUUUUGUCCUUCUUUACUGCUGCUUCUCGACUGUCUCUCGCUCCGUUGCUUGUGCCUGGGCGUGGGUUUUGGGGUGGUGUUUUGUGGCACUGGAUAGGAGGGGAUCGCUUCCCCAGUGGGCAGUGCACACUCACUAUGUCUGGGCGUGCCCUAUCCCCAUCACCAGAAGAAAUUCACGAUCGCUCCUUUUCAGCUCGAUCUCAUCGCCGGCAAUCUUCCCACUCCGCUGGCCGUCAUUCCGCUGAACACUCUCCCAUCACUGACGUCUUCAGUGAUGCCUUUUCUCUCGAGCCAUUGGAGUCGUUUGUUGAUUCAGAUGUCGCGAUAGACCGUUGCGAACAAUCCGACCACCCUUCAUCGAACUCAUCAACCACAUUGGACGCCGAGGAUGGUCUGUCCUCACACCUAAGUCCUUUUCGAGACUCUGUUGCCUCCUUCCAGUCCCAAAUGUCGCAACGAUCGGGGUCUCCUGAACCUGAACCGAUACCUGAGCCUGAACAGUCCGCUCCAAGUCGUGCCUCCACGAGCGCCUACAAUGCCGUUUCUUCAUCUAUUACCCGUCACCCGUCCUCUGCCUCAUCGACUACCAAUCCUCAUUCAUCCGUGGCGCAUCGAAGUAUUAGUACCUCGUCGCGUUUCUCGAUGCCCAGAGCCCUAAGCCCGUAUACCGGUCAGACAAUGCCCGCGCAUCCAUAUGCCAUGUACCCUCAAGCCACCGGGUUGGGUCGGUCAUCAUCUACCUCAUCCACUUCCACUGUACGGCCUGUAGAACGGAAUAACGUUGAACCAAUGGCACCCCAGCAUCCAUAUGCCAUGUAUCCGCAAAAUACUGUCCCAGAGGAAGAAGAUACGGAGGUACACUCACCAAUCCCGGUUGGCUUCCCUGGCCGUGAGCAGGCGUUCCAGUCCCGCGGAAACCAAGGCGCGAAUGAAGUUGGAGAUAUUGUCGGCGUAGACGGCCAUGCUGAGCAAUUGCCGCCUUAUACGAGAUAUCCAGAUGGAUUACCUCAAAAAUUUGGCGCGCAUGAAUAUGUCAGCCCCCCCCCUCCGCAACCGUUGGCUCAUGCGCCAAUAUCCCCAGAGUCGGAAGUAUCAUCGCGAACCCUUUUGGAUGAAAAUAGCGCUAGGCGAGAAAGCGCUCCUCCCGCCGGAGAACCUCAAGCGGACGACCCAAGUGGCAGUAAUAAGGAACAACUGGCCCAGACAAGGAGAACACGGGUGUGUUGUGGUCUUCAAAUAUGGGCUAUUAUCCUCAUUGCCAUCGUUGUUUUGAUUGGAGCAGUAAUUGGCGGUGUUGUUGGAGGUGUAGUUGGAAACAAGCGAGGGGAGAAAGCAGGCGGAGCAAGUGCUAGUUCCGCAUUAGGUGGUGGACGGCCUACAUCCGUUUUUGUGACGGUAACGGCCACCACGAUGUUGGAUGCCGCACAUUUAACGACAACCCCUACGCUUCUCCCAAUUCCUACUGGCCAAUUCCAAAUACCUGCAGCUUCCUUACACCGCUCACCAAACAACUGCGUCAAUGCCGAUGAGCUUUCGAAGUCAUGGCAGUGCAUGCGCAAAGGUGCCUUUUCCUGCAACCUCUCAGAGGCGCCAGAUGGAUCUAAAAGCCUCCAUCUCCAACCUUACGAGCGGGGUGGACAAUUUGUAUAUGGUGCCCAGCCUCCAGUCCUGGAGGAAACGAAUUUCGAUCUCAAAUUGAUGCUCGAUAAAACGGAACCAGAAUUGGGCCCAGCCCUAUUCUUUUUCACGCCAUUUGAUAAACUUGUGAUACUUCAUGAAGAUGACUUCCCUACUGCCUCAGGGCAAGCAGUUGAUGGGACUGUGUUCCGUCACCGCGCAGAAACUACACCACCCGUAUUGUCAAAACCGAGUGAUAGGCCUUAUUUUUGUUGGUGGAAUAGCACUUAUCUAGAACUUUUCAUUUACGUCAACCACCCAACCUCUAAGUUUUUGACAACAACAGGCCAAUAUACCUCAACCCAGACGUCCACAACGUUUACGACCGCAGCGGUACCUCCCGCUCUCGACGUGCGUGGACUUAGAUCAAUUCUUUUGGAGACUCCUAAUGGUAUGCCCCAGGAAUACCCUCGCAUGAUCAAAUUGGAAGAAAAACGAUCUUCCACGGAUGGAAUUCCUCCAUAUUGCGAGCAGAUGCAGGUGAUGGAUGACGGAACGAUAUCAGGCCCACUUGGGUCUCGAGUUCCUAUUGACGAAAUCGAAACAACGCUAUCCAGCAGGCGUAAUAAUGAUAACCACCUUGAUUAUCACGGCGACGAUUGCUUUUGCCAAUGGAUCGUUCGUUAGCGCCUGCUAGAGAGUGGAGGAGGCAUUGAAGAGCAAAAUAAGGCGUUUGGGUUCUAGGGGAAUAAAUCAAUCCCCUCUUUGCUGGCAUUUCACAUAUAGUUGGUUUUUCAGGCAUUGGCGUUUUAUAUGCUUAGGGUAUAUUUGGUCAAGGGUUAUAUCUCCUUUUUUUCCCUCCUUGUUUCUUUCUUUUAACAUUUUCCGCCACCUUUCUUCGCUUAUUAGUGGGUUAUUUUCGUUGUGAAUUUACUUUCCGAUUAUCAUGUUGUGACGAUUUAUCGGAGAAGUUUUUUAUCACCACUGCCACCACCGCCCAUUUCUUCUGUUUUUACUUUCACCUUCUUCCGUCAUACUAUAUAUAUAUACAUGUACACAUGGUCCUGGAACCUACCUAUAUAGGCCACUCGGGAAAAUGAAUUCCACCACAUUUGAAUAACUCAAUUACCCUGAGCAUCUGUCUCAUUUGUAUAGGCACAGACCCGAAACGCACCGCAAAAAUACACAUACACAUUCACAGAGGCACUCUUGUACAUACCUGACAUCUAGUCAUAUAUGUUUCUUUCUCUGUUAUACACUUCUAUUUCAUUUUAUCUCUUGCCUCUUCACUGCAGUACAUUUUUUGCUCCUCAAGACUCCGUCAAUGGCAACAACCGACACACACACACACACAGAGAGAGAGAGAGACAUGG